CUCUCCCCGAGUAUUAAAAAAAGAAUAAAAAAAAAAGAUUUUUAUUUUCAAAAUUUAUGCGCAAUUUUUUUAUUGGUUGAUGAUAAUGCCAUUUUGUCUAGAAUUGGCGGGAAAAUGGUGUGUUGUUUUUUUUUAUUUUUCAUUGAGUUUGUUGUGUUUGAUUUGGUUUAUUUACAAUGGCAGUUAGAUUGACAAUAAAUAAACAACAUAUUGAAGCUAAAGAGGAGACAAUAUUACACUCAAUACCAUGUAAAAUUCAUGGUGAUGAAAUUGCAAAUGUAUCAAAAUAUUUUACACCUUAUAUUCGUAAAAAUGAUGAUAAAAAUUUUGAUGGUUCAUUUCGUGGAUAUCCAUUGAAUGGAACAAUUAUUAAAAUUCCAGAAGGCUACAAAGGAGUUACAUUUUAUGAACAAAAUAAACCAGAAGAUCCAAAGAUUAAACGUGAGCUUGUUUCAACUGGUGGUUUUACUAAUUUUACAUACUGGAAUUAUGAUAAAUUACCAUCGAAAAAUGAUGCAAUUAUUGGUGCAUUAAAUUGGAUUGAUAUUGCAGAAGCACUUCACUCUACUACUGAUGAUGAUGCUGAUGUAAAUGGCUCUAGUUGA